CUAUUUUUUUUUUUUGUUUUAAAUGUGUGCCUCGUUUUACGUGCUAAAAUAAAUUUAAAAAAAAAUGAAGAUAUAAAAGCGAUCGGAAAAGAAAAAAUCAAGGAUAGCAAGGAGAAGAAAAAGUUUUGCCUCGUAUUUUGCUCAGCAUCACGACCGGGAUGUCAAAUCCGUUGAAGUCCUUUUUUUUCAUUCGAAAUUGGGCGAGAGUAUGAGUUUUCGAUUUGUGUUUCGUGCUACAUAUAUGGAAGUAAGUUCGUGCAUGGAAGUGGGAGCAACUCGUCGUCGUUAUAUAAUUGAAUGGUCUGACAGAGGAUAAAUGAAGACGUGUGCGCCGUGAAAAGGAACUGGAUUUAGUCAAAUGCACUAAUUAAAAGAAGAGGAUAUAUUUGAUAAGCAUUUGUGGACGAAUCAUAAGAAAAGAAAAAUAAAAAAGAUAAGGAACAAAAAAGCAAUAAUUUAAAAGAAAAAUAAACAAACAACAAAAAGAUCUGAACUAAAAUUAAAUUAAAAAAAAAUCAAAAAAAAAUUUACAAGACCUCAAACAAGGAACAUUGUGUUCAGCCUUUUCGUUAAACCGCACAACAAAACAAAUAUGCAACAAUAAAGCAUUAUAAAUAUUAAUAAAACUAAAUAUAACAAAAAAAUUAAAGCAAUAUACUCGUAUGUAUGAAUGUAAUAAUUGUAAAGUUUAUAAAAUUGAAUCAUAAGCCAGAGACUCAUCAAUAUCAAUCAUCAAUUUGUAAUAUUAAUAAAUCAUCGCACAGAGCAAAAAGUAAAAGUAAAAUUUAAAAUUGUUUUGGAUUGGAUUGGGAAGAUUGAAAAGAAAAAAAAAAAAGAAAAUUAAAUUAAAUAAUGUGGAGCACAGUAUCGCCAACCAAUUCAAAAAAAUUACUCAUCGGCAGUUCACGAAGCGUUGAUUAUGUUGGUGAUAGUACAACAACGACAAAAAAAGGAACAAAAAUUUCAAUCGCAAUGGAAAUUCAUAUCCAAAAUAAGUGUAUUUCAGCAUAGCGCAUCACUCUGGAGGGUGGUGCGGAACCCCCAUGGCUGCAGGGCCCCCUUAAAGCGGCAUUUCUGGGGGCCUCAGGAGUCGGCAAAACAUGUAUUUUACAGCAAUUUUUUAAUCAUGACUUUCCAAAAAGUCACGCAACCACAACAAGACGUCGUGUAUACAAAAACUGUCUUGUGUGCGAAACCUGCAUACGGGAGCUGAUGGUACUCGAUGUUCCACCCCAGAAGAGAUUUCCAGCUGAUAACUUUGCUGAAUGGAAUAAUGGUCAUCCACUGGGGCUGCGAACGGUACAUGCUUAUGUCUUGGUUUUUGACAUGGGCAAUUUGGAAACAUUUCAGUACUGCCGAUCGAUGAGAGAUCAAAUUUUGGACAGUUUUUGCCAUCGUGAUUUUAGUAUUAUAGUCGUUGGUAAUAAAUGCGAUACAAUCACCGAAGUUCAGUCGAAUUCUCAGGAAUUGAAGGACAUUUCUACCCUUGUACGAAAGCACUGGCGAUGUGGCUACGUGGAAUGUUCAGCAAAAUACAAUUACAAAAUUGGUGAUGUUUUUCGAGAAUUAAUGGGCUGUACGACAACCGGUGGCAGUGGCUUGGGUAGCGGUGGUGUUAUUGGAACUGAAUAUUCACAAUCAAAUAGGAAUAAAGGACGUUGCACAAUCCUCUAGCAAUAUCUCAGUAAAUUCAUAAAUCAACAAUCGUGGUAGUUUUAGUGAAAAAAAUUUAACAGAAAAUAAGCAAACAGAAAAUUAAUCAAAAUAAAAGUAAGAAGGAUUA